CAUUGAGUCUUCAAACAUCAGUAGAAGCUUCGUCACACAGACUUUGUAUUGAACGUCAUACAAAUUACCAACGUUCUGAAUUGAAAAGUUAGACAAUGCAAUUCUGUACAUUAAUUCGUGUAUUUGUGCUUUUAACAUACAAGUGGCUUGUGAGUGUUCAAGGAGCAAAUAUAUUAUUCAUCCAUCCUCUUUUUGCUGGAUCUCACAUCGCAUUGAUGAGAACAAUCGGUGAGAGUUUGGUGAGCCGAGGUCAUAAUGUAACCAUCAUCUCAUUCAAACAAGUGAAUACCCCACUGAAGGUAUCAACUACUAACCAAAUUCAACUUCCUAUACUAGACAAGCUAAAAAUUUGUGGCAAUUACAUCAAUGAAGAAGGAGAGUUUGAUCUGAAUAUCAGACUUGCUCCAGCCUUGUGGGAAACCGGGUCAUUCAUGUCAUUCCACACAACAGACUUGGGUUGCACCGCUUUUUCUGCUUGCGACACCUUUUUCGAAAGCCAAAUCCUGAAGGAUCUCAUGAAGUCAGUCCGUUUUGACUUGGCAUUGGUGGAUCUCAAAGGCAACGAAUGUGGAUUUAAGUGGAUAUCGUCCUUCAACAUACCCACAACUGCUUUCUGGGGCCUCUCAUUCGUGGGUGCCAAUUCAAAUCUCAUGAGAGUUGGUCCCAAUCCAUUUCAAUGUCCUCAGACUCUAUCUCGAAAUGGCCAGAAAAUGUCCUUCAUGGAUCUCAUUAGGAACUUGUAUCUGUUCUGUUUCGAAUAUGUGUUGAUUCGUUAUUUCCAACAUGCAAUCCCGGACAUGUAUUCAGUAGAGGGGCGUUCAUGUCCAAAGCUAGAAGAUCUUUAUGAGAACCUUGAAAUGAUAUUUGUGGCAAGCGGACCACUUUUUGAGGUACCCAGGCACAUUGCUCCUGUCUUGAAACAAAUCCCUGGGCUCACUAUUAAACAAUCAUCCACGUCGAACUAUUUG